AUGGAUUCACCACCUUCAUAUCCUUCUCCCCCACCAUACUCACUCCUCGGCUCAAAUCCAUCGCCUAUACAUAUUGAAAGUCCUCCUAUCGUCAAUUCAAUGAUCGACAUACCACUGCUACCAACACGGGUUAUCACACCCCUCGAACCAAUUUCAGAUUUCCGUACAGAGCUCAAUUACCGUCGAGCAUUGGAGGAUUAUCAACGACAAUUGUCCCCUUCAAACUGGGGCAAGUAUAGACACGGUCAAUUGAUUUCGCUUUUCAAUUGUGAGGAUGAGCAUACUUGGCAAGAAUGGCUGAAAUGGUUUGUAGAAUUCAUGUCUUCUCCAGAAGAGCUGGUGGUCCAUGGUCGAGGUAGAGGAGUGGGUAUCAUGGGUCCUCAUGGGGCAUUCUGA